AUGAAUGAAGUGGAAAAGAAGCUGUGGGUGAAACACUAUCUCAAUAUAGAUAUUGCCGAUCUAGUGGAGUCGCUUCCAGAAUAUUCCGAUCCCAUGAAGACUUAUGUCGAUUUGCGACAAGCCAUACAGGAGCUGUAUCCAGGCGCAGAUACAGAGCGCAAAUGGGAAACGAUCAUGGAACUAGGAAACUAUCAUCGGGAAUUCCUAGCCAUCACCUCGUUUUUCAUUGGCAAGAACCGCAUUUCGGAGUCGAAACGCAAUCGUGCGUUCGUUCGAGGAUUUUCACUGGAGUCGUGGAGUCGCAUUUUGCAACGCUUGCAGCUGAAGCAGCCGGAUCACUACCCAGAUGAUCCCUACUGGGUAGACGACGUCUAUGAGGCCGCAAAUAGUGCACCAGCAAUCAAGAGCGAGGAUAUUUCGUUGCUUAUUGAGAGCCUGGUCAAGUCAGUCCAGACACUCACGACAGCUGUGACAGGUGAAAUUGCGAAGCAGAAUGGGAGUCAAGCUGUGACUGCAAGCAGACCACCAGUCACAAAUGGAAGUUUGAGUGGAUUUUGCCACUAUUGCGGAGAAGCCAGAGGCAUGAUCAGAACAUGCAAGCACGUCGAGGAGGACAUAAAGAGUGGCAAGUCCCUAUGCAACGCAGCUGGAAAAGUUGUCCUACCGAAUGGCACCUUCGUACCUCGCACCAUUCCAGGCAUUACGAUUCGCGAUCACAUUUACGAGUGGCACAGAUGCAACCAGACUCCAGUCGCAGCAUCGGUCUCAGCGGCAAAUCUAUCUGAAGUCUCAGAGGACAAAGCCAGUUCAUUCUCGCUAGGCACAGAAGAUAGGAUCGAAGCUUUGGAACAGGAGCUAUUCAACUUAAAGUGA